CCCACGACGACCGCCUGCAGCCGCGCGCGCCGUUGACGUCACCGCCCCCGCCGGAAGCGGCCGGGCCCGCGCGCCGCCCGGCCCAGCAUGCACCGCGACCGCGACCGCGCGCACCGCCCGCGUCAGCCAGCCCGCGCGCGCAGGGUGGGACGGGGUGAAAUGGCAGCCUCUUCCUCAUCUUCUUCAGCUGGUGGAGUCAGCGGCAGCUCCGUAACUGGAUCAGGAUUCAGCGUUUCAGACCUGGCGCCGCCCCGGAAAGCCCUCUUCACUUACCCCAAAGGAGCUGGGGAGAUGCUGGAAGAUGGCUCUGAAAGAUUCCUCUGUGAAUCCGUCUUCAGCUAUCAGGUUGCAUCUACAUUAAAGCAGGUGAAGCACGAUCAACAAGUCGCAAGGAUGGAAAAACUAGCUGGACUGGUGGAAGAGCUGGAGGCAGAUGAGUGGAGGUACAAGCCAAUAGAGCAGCUCCUGGGAUUCACUCCUUCCUCGGGCUGAGCGUGUCUGGAUUGCUGCUGUCAGGGAGCAGAAGAAAAACAUUCUCUGGCCUAGCUUCAAAACCCCCCCGUUUAUCAGGAUGCUGACAGCUGCAUUGGCAGGACUGGGCUUUUGGGUUCAGAGUGGGGAUCCCCCAUAAAGCUGCCAGUAAAUGGAAAUGUUGGGACUCUUUAAGUCGUCUGCAGGCCGGCAGGGCUCUGUUUCUGUAACUUAGAAGGCAGGAUCAGUUUUACAGAACUCGGAGAGUCACCUUAUUGUUUAUAGAGGAGGGAAGACUUACAGCAUGGUGGUGGGCAAGGCAGCCCAGUCACUCAGCCUGGCCUUUCCCUGGCACGUGGCCGAAGGACAGGGUGAUCUGUGGGCUGAGAAGUCUGUGUCUUUGCUGCUGCAGACAGGCCUCUGUAAAUUGCUCUUCAGCCCUAGCUGUUAUUUUGGGGGUGAACAGGAUGAGAACUGCUCUGGGUGGGCUGAGACGGGGCAAGCAGCCAUGUUUUCUCUAGCGGUGCUUGGUGUAUUUCUGAGGCUGUUUUCUCUCCACUACUGUUCCUCCUGUGUUUGCACAGCGAGUGCUGGUAGACACUGCUCUUCAGAAGCUGUAGCUUUUAACACCCUGAAACUCCUUUUCCUCUGUACUAGCUUGCUCUGUGAUAAUAAAAUGGUUCUGUCUUUGAAAUCAUUUAACUCUUCACAGGGGGGUGAGUGAAAGAAACAAUCAGCUGUUGCGUGGGUGACGGGAGGUUUAAUGGAGCUCAGAGGCAGCUUGGCUGCUGUGAUGGUCAACUUAAGUUCAAUUUAAAGAGCCCUCUGAGAGGAACCAAACCACAUUUGCUUUGUGCACAAAAGUGGAUUGAGUUAAAUCAGGUUUUAAUCCUGGUUUAACUCUGCUAGCAGAAAGCCCUUAUUUAAAUCCAUCCAUUUUAAUCAUCUUGUUUUUCAUUUGCACUUCACUUCUGUUCCUGAGGGGAACCCGAGUUCAGUUUUCUGGCAUAACCGUUUCAACAUGUUCAUUUUCCAUUGAUUAGAGUCUUAACAGCACGGUUCUGCUCGCCAGCAGGGGGAUAGGCUCUGCAUUGUGUUUAAGCAAUUGCAUGACUUGCUGCUCCAGAUGCUGAAUUCUUCCAUUUCCAGCAUCUUAUUUACGAGAUGAUUUUAUUUUUACUCACUAUUUCAGUCCAGCCACAUCUAGAUUGAAACAGAUUAAUUUGAAUCCAUCCCCAUCUUGGUUACAUCACCAGCAAUUUGUGUUAACUAAAACUAAGGGGGGAAAGCAUGCAGGCACGUUCUGCCUUUGUCUCUGUUUAUGAAGUAGUUCUGGUAUCAGACAGCUUUUCGUGAUCAAGAGCUGCAUGCUGCCCAGGAACCAGCCCUGCUCUGCAGAUGCUGCUCUGCUUCCAGCCCCACACUCAUGGAAAUUCACUGCGUGGUUUCUGAAACUGGGAACAUUCUCCUGUAAGGCUGCAGCUCCAGUGAGACGUGUUCCACACCACCUUCCCGGUGCAGGGCCUGGAAAACCUCCUCCCUGGUGCUGGACGGCUGCCAGUCCCGGCUCUGCGGGGGCCUCCUUGUGCUGCAAGCGGGUUCUCAGCCAGUAUCGCUUUAAACGUGGUGGUAUUCGGUAUUGAAACUCCAUCCCACAUGGGGUUAUUUUGAAAGAAGGGAGCGAUUCAAUCCUCAACUUGUUUGUUUUCUAUCAUCUAUUUUUAAUCCUGCUUACUCCAGCCACCUCAACUUACCUUGGCCAAACCUGCCAAAAAUACCCCCAUAUCAGGACAGCAUCAUUGGGUUUGGGAACGGAGCUGAUGGUACAGCAGUGCUUGAAACCCCCUCACUCACCAGUCCCACCCACUCGCCAACCCUGUGUGCUGCGACUGGUGUAAUCAGACGCAGGAAGAGUCAUUUUUACUGCUCACCAUGAAACUUUUUGGCUCUGACAGCCCGCCAGGGAGGCCGGGGGUCAGUGCCUGCGGCUCUGCCAGUGGCCUGCAGCGCCCAAGCAUCACACAGAUCUCCCCGCAAGUUCAGUAUGUCCCAGAGGGCCCAAAACAUGGCAUGGCUGAGAUUUCCCCACGGUAGCCCCUUUCUCCCUCCUCCCAGUCCUUGUUUUCCAGGGGCAGCAGGGAAGAGACACGGCUCUGUGCCCUACAUGGCUUGUUUGUAUGUGCGCCCAGCACCAAAAUAGACACAUGUGCGAGAGCCAUUGAGAGGAAGUGAAAAGUUCACUCUGUACAGUACUACAAAUGCAAAAACAUGUUGUUGGCUGUUCCCUCCUCUCCUCCCAUUCAGUAAACACUUCAUGGAAGGCAGCAAAAACCAGAGGGAUUGCUGCAUGGUAAAAUAAAAAAACCCUGCGCUCCCUCUCUUCCAAUUACAGGUUUUCCCAGACCGAUAGAAACUCCACAGCUGUCCUGUUUCUGCUUUGGGGCAGAGCCAGGGGUAACUGUUCCUCCUCAGGGUUUUGAAGCAUAGUUCUCCCUCUCCUCAGGGGUCCCUGCAGCUUUCCCCGGGACUUGGCGAGCAGCUCGGGGUAGGGGGGAAGGGUGUUUGAAGGCUGAAGCUGGGAGCGCAGUGGCAGGGGGAAGGGAGCCUGUCAGCUGCGAGCAAAAGUUGACGCAGGGAGGGGAGGGAAAAUAAUAAUAAAAAAAAAAAAGCACUGAACAAAGAGCCCCGUUCAGGGCUGCGGGUUGGUUUUCCUGUGGGUGCUCGCAGCAGAACGUUCUGUACCGGCACACAGGCCCUGCUCCUGCCUCCCCUCCCCAGCUCCUUGCACUGCUGGCCACAGCCCAGCGCUGGGGAUGUUGCCAAGGCACACACUCGCCUUGCUGCCUGGCCAAAACACCCAGCCAGGGAGGGCCUCCCCUCCACCGAGCCUACAGGAGUGUGGGGCAGCCCCCUCAAAACACCAGUUUUGGCUCUUGCCUGGGAUGGGGCAAAAGCAUCCAAGGGGAGAUGAAUGUCACAGCCCCCCACCCUGCCACUGGCACAGUGCCAAGUUGGCAUCUCAGCUGCCAAAACUCAUCCACUGUCUUCCUUGGAUGCACGUUCAUUGUUCCUCCGCUCAACUUCCACAGGCAGCCUGCCUGCAGCUGCUUGUCCCAGGGGUGAGAGACAGGCCCUAAAGGUUUGGCUGUGGCAGAGACCUGCCCAUCCUGCAGCACGCUGAGACCUGCUGCGGCAUCCCACCCAGCUCGCCUGUUGGAGCUGGCCAGGGGCUCCGUGCCGUGGCAAGGAGGCACAGGGUCACCCCGUGUGUGCCCACCACCCCCUGCCAUGACCAGAGAUCUGGGGACCAAGGAUGGGACCAGAGAGGGUGCGCAGGACACCCACCCCAAAUACCAUGGCCUCCACCCAGCUCAGCCCAUUCAUUACGGUCCCCACAUGAAUGCUUGGCCAUAGAGGAUCCCACCAGCUUCAGUGCCAACCCUGGCUGGUGAUCACGUGCCGAAAUAAUGCAUAAAUCUACCUAAAAGCAUCUUUUUGGGCCACGGAGCUGCUGGGAACCUGUGUGAAGCCGGGGAAUAUGCCGUGAGCAGUGGCAGUCACCCCAUGGGGCAGGAAUUUUGCCCCUCCCUCAGCAUAUGUGGGGCACGGUUUGCACGGACGUGCGCCGAGGCACUCACUAAGCCCCUGUCCAUCUCCUCCCUUCUCCUCCUCCUUCCUGGCCCCCUCCCCCUGCAGCUCUGCAAAACUGCUGAGCUCAGCAUAUCCCUGGCAGGGGCCCAGACAGGACCCUCCCCAACACCAGCCACCCUGCCGGCUCCUGCUUAACCCUUUGCCAAGCUGGCUGGGCUUAGAAAUUGGAGUGAUCAAGCAAAUCCCAGCAUGGAAGACAUCCUACAAGGCACAGCUGACUGGGAACAAGCUUUCCAGAAAGUUCCAUCCAUCAUCCUGAAGCCCUCUUUGCUCUCCCCAGAAACGAUGGUGGCAAGGGGCGAGGGGGUGGGGAAAGGUGCUGCUUAGUCACAAAAAUCAUUCUGGGUUUCAGCCAGCAGCAGGACCCAGGGAGGGAAGUGCAAGGGUUGUGAAUACUGUAGUUAAACUUUGCUUUUCAGCCCAAACCCCCAGAAGAGCAGCCCAGGGCGCAAUGUCUUCUUGGGAAGGAAAACGAGCUGCAAGGCCCAAAACGCUUCCUUUCCCAGCAAAAACGUGAGAAGCAACAUCACCUUAGGAUUAUUUUACCAAAAAUUACAUUUUACUUCAAAACUUGCCAUCACAGCAGAGGCUGCUUGCUCCCCUGCCUACCAGGCGAUGUUAUGGCAAAGAAAGAAAAAUAUUUAUGCUCGGUUUCAGAAUUCAACCUUAUUUUUAGCCACGCACCUUCCCUGUUGUCCUUUCUUCUUUUUUUUUUGCUCUUUCCCCCCUGUUUUAACCCCAAAGACAGCAGUGCCUCAUCUAUUUUCAGCCUCACCCGCUGAAUAUUCAUAGCAAUGGCUUGGUGGUUAUGAGGAGAAAUAAACCCAUGGGCUAGAUUUUGUUAAAAACAGGAUCCUGAGCACCAUCCAACUGUUUCUGUGCGUGCAUGUGAGUAUUUCACCGUAUUGCACAGCGAGUGUGCGAGUACCGGUAUAUAGUUUUAACAGCUGGGGCUAGGGUUGUUCAUGUUUUGUUCUGAAAAGCAGAGCCGUGAGCGCAAGCCAGGACUUGUUCCCAGCUCCCUGCACAUCCCCUCCGCCCCACAGCUCCCUGCGAUGCUCCUUGCUCCCCCGGCUUGGCCCUUUGUUCCCAAAAUGGCAAUGGAUUCAAGUGUGGCUUCUCCUUAGACCCCUAGAAAGCAAUUUCCCACCAUCACAGCUGCCGGUGGGGUGCCCGGACCCCCUGCACCCCCUGCCCCACAGCUCCUGGGUGGGAGAACUUGUCCCCGUCUCUCUGAGCCGGCGUGUGCCCUCUGCCAUGUUUACGGCUGGGCUGUUAUCAAUCUCUGCUCAGGAAGGACAGUCCCCAAGAUAGCUCCCGGAGUGACUUCAGGGUGCACUCAGCUCCUCCGAUAAAGCAGCAGGAGGACAAAGCUCUUUAUCGCCAAUUAAUAAGCCUUCGGCUCUGGCUUCGGAAAGGUCACGUACGCAGGGGCAGGCACGCAGCAACACGCUUCCAGAGCAGAGGGCUCAGAGGACAGCAUCUCACCCCCUUGGCACCCUUGAUCCUUAACACGCUUCACUCCAACAACUCUUGGGUUUUUUUAAGUGUGAGAAACACUCAUUCACUGUUAAAAUACUGAAAAGGACAAAGUGUUCAAAGCAAAGGCAAUAAUAUUUUUAUUUUACAAUUCAGCUCUGAAUUGGAUGCCCUUCUAAAAAAGGCAUAACAUAGAAUCA